AAAAUCAAAGAGCAAGAAAAUACAGAUGGAUCGUCAUUGGAAUCAUCGUCAUUGCUAUAUGCAUUGAAUCUUUGCUCAAAUCUGGUCACCUAUUUGCAUUUGUAUCUCCGCCUCCCCAAUUUCUCUCUCUCCCUUUAUAAUCACUUUUUCCGCCACACCACCCUGCUUCCGAUCUCUCUCCACGCUCACAGCUUCAAACGCAUACUACAUUUGUAGAUACACAGGCUUCAAUGGCAGCUUCAUUUGGAGUUUCAUCGGCCGCAGCUGCCAACGCCGUCAAAUCGCCUGCGCUCUCUCCUCCUUCUCUUCCAGUCAUCAGAUCUGAGGCGAGGCCGAUCUCUUGUCGAAUUAAUAAAUCCCGCAAGGCUGGGAAAAUCACUACCAAGGCAGUUGCGGCACAGGCUGAAAAUCCUGCAUCAGCGGCUUCCAAACCAGGGCAUGAAGUGCUGUUGUUUGAAGCCCUUAAAGAAGGACUGGAUGAAGAAAUGGAGAGGGAUCCUCGAGUUUGUAUAUUUGGUGAAGAUGUGGGACAUUAUGGUGGUUCGUACAAGGUCAGCAAGGGUCUUGCUGACAAGUAUGGAGAUCUGAGGGUGCUAGAUACACCCAUUGCUGAAAACUCUUUCACUGGCAUGGCCGUUGGGGCAGCUAUGACAGGUCUAAGGCCAGUCGUUGAGGGCAUGAACAUGGGAUUUCUUCUCUUGGCAUUCAACCAAAUAUCUGACAACUGUGGCAUGUUGCACUACACCUCAGGGGGGCAAUUCACGAUUCCAACUGUGAUCCGAGGGCCCGGAGGAGUUGGACGUCAACUUGGGGCUGAGCAUUCACAGAGGCUCGAGUCCUACUUCCAGUCAAUCCCUGGAAUACAGAUGGUUGCCUGUUCGACCCCAUACAAUGCCAAGGGUCUGAUGAAGGCUGCCAUCCGCAGUGAGAACCCCGUGGUUCUGUUCGAGCAUGUGCUCCUAUACAACUUAAAGGAAAGAAUUCCAGAUGAAGAGUAUGUAGUGUCACUAGAAGAAGCAGAGAUGGUGAGGCCCGGUGAGCAUGUUACGAUCUUAACAUACUCUAGGAUGCGAUACCAUGUCAUGCAAGCUGCCAAGACUCUGGUUAACAAAGGCUAUGACCCAGAAGUGAUCGACAUUAGAUCCUUGAAGCCCUUUGAUCUCUACACAAUUGGAAACUCCAUUAAGAAAACACACAAGGUAUUGAUCGUUGAGGAGUGCAUGAGAACAGGUGGUAUUGGGGCCAGCCUUACCGCUGCAAUAAAUGAGAAUUUCAACGACUAUUUGGAUGCACCAAUUGUUUGCCUCUCGUCGCAGGAUGUCCCUACUCCUUAUGCUGGGACGUUGGAGGAGUGGACUGUUGUCCAACCUGGGCAGAUUGUAACGGCUGUUGAGCAGCUCUGCCGGUAGCUUUGAAAGACCUCUGUCUGCCACCCUGUGUUGCUACAGCUACUGUUUCAACGGUAUCUCUUUUCAUCACAACUCAGCUAUCCUUUUCCCAUUGAAUAGUUUUGUUAUUAGAUGUUAGAUCAGUUAAUUAAAUUUUUGUGAACCUCUCUAUGUCAAGUGUUGCUCCAGAUGAGGCGCCUUAUCUUAUUCAAAGAAGAUUGUAUGCAUUGGAGAAAAUCAGUAUUGUUUUGUGAACUUGUUUAGUUUAGUUAUUUUUCCUAUGGUAAACUUUAUUUCUCUUAGAAUUGAACCUGAUAAAAAAUGUACUUGUAACCCCUUUAAUUUGUAAGUUCGAUUAUUUGUCAAUAAUUGUUGCAUCGCGAUUUUA